UCGUUGGUUAUUUCCUCACUUGAACUAGUCGCUUGACUCAUUUUGGAGGUUAUGUCAUGGUUUUGUGAGGUUAUGUCAUUACCAUUUUUAGUCGAGUUUUAUUGAAAAAAAGGCACGAAAUGAGCACUUGGGCAAUAAUAAACACACUUAACCGGUUAACUCUUCAAUCGUGUACAAAACGAGGAAUUGCGACAAAUGUCCUUCUGAAUUUUAGAGCAACCCCAUGUCUCAUGGCGGAGCCUUUGAAGAAGAAGAAAAGACUUGACCCGGCUGUUAUCAAAGCACGAGAAGACCGCAAAAAGAAGAAAAUUGAGAAGCAAAUUAAAAGAUUAGAGAAGAAUGCACGUCAAUUGAAACCGAUAGAAGAAUGUGAAGUGCCUCUUGGACUUUUAGAUGAGAAAAAAACAAGAAUGAGGUCUUUGGUUGUCUUAUCUGAAGAUGAAUUGGAACAAAGACAAGUUUUGGAGAAACAAUGGGCCACUUAUAAGAAAAAGCAACAUCUUGCAGAUGUGCAAAUGUUGGAUCGGAUUUUAUUUGCCCAACAAAAGGCUUUGGAUGAGUUGAGGAAGGAAUCAGAGGAGUUGUAUCAGGAGGCAAUGCAGAUUGAUUUCAGAUUGUUGCCUUUUAAACGCGAGGGGCCCUUAGAAACCCCAACUAUUGAUAAUUACGAAAGCCCCGAUGGGGAUUACGCUGAUGUCUCGAAAAAAUGGGAAUAAAUAACCGAAAUUUGGUGGAGUAGUAGAAAAAACGAGUUUUAUUCAUAAAAUAAUAAAAAAUAACAUGUU